AUGUCUGACAAUAACAGUGGAGCAGUAAACAAACCCAACCAGUUCAAAGGUGACAAGAGAAAGAGCAAGGAAUUCCUGGACAAAUUAUACCUGUACUUUGCCAGAAAUCCCAAGAAGAUUCAGACUGACAAAGACAAAGUUCAGUGUGCCCUGUCUCAUAUCAAAGGACAAGCCCAAUUCUUCAACCACAUGAUCAUCACUGAUGCAGAAGAACCCAUACCUGACUCUGAUGAUGUGCCACCCAAAGGAUUGCCUAGCUGGGCUAAAUUCAGGAAAUCCUUCAUCCAAACCUUCGGAGUAGAAGACGAUAUGAUACCCAGGCAGUGUUAA